AUGCGGAACAUGGCAAGCUUCACCUCCAAUAAAGGCAUCGCAGCCAUUGUAGGCGUGGGACCAAAGCUUGGCCGAUCGGUUGCUCGCAAGUUUGCUCAUGAAGGCUACACUGUUGCCAUCCUUGCCCGCGACUUAGAGCGAGAUGGGGUUUUUGUAGGGAGGUUAUCAAGCUUUGCAGAUGAGAUAGCAAGGGAAGAGAAAGCCCAAGUUUUUGCAAUCAGGAUAGACUGCUCGGAUUCAAGAAGCGUGAGAGAGGCAUUUGAAGGGGUUCUUUCACUUGGAUUUGUUGAAGUACUUGUCUACAAUGCUUAUCAAGCAGCAGUGUCUCGGCAACCCACCAACUUCACUGAUAUUCGCAUCGACUCUUUCGAGAAGUCCCUCACAGUCUCCUCCGUCGGCGCCUUCCUUUGCGCCCAACAGAUUCUUCCGGGCAUGGUAGAAAGAGGGAGAGGGACAAUUCUAUUCACGGGCUGUUCAGCUUCUUUGAAUGGCAUUGCUGGUUUCUCUGAACUGUGUUGUGGAAAGUUUGCAUUGAGAGCUCUAUCACAAUGUCUAGCCAGGGAGUUUCAGUCUCAAGGUGUGCAUGUUGCACAUGUUAUUAUCGAUGGUGUGAUUGGCCCAUCUAGGGGACCAUCAAGCUCUCAGAGAAGGUUAGUUGGGGAACAAGAAGAAGAAGUUACGGGUGGCGGUGGAGAGAUGUUGAUGGACCCAGACUCGCUGGCUCAAACCUACUGGCAUUUGCAUGUUCAAGACCGGAGUGCUUGGACCCAGGAGAUCGACCUCCGUCCUUCUUGCUCCAUCAACCAGAGAUUUUUUAAGCCCGAAGCUGCCUGA